UGGGGGUGUGUCCUCUUUUCACAGACUAUUUAACAGCUGAUGAGACUGUAGUCCGUCCUGAUCAGUCAUGGGUCGUCCUGGGAUCCAGAUGCAGACAUGGGGGCUGUUUGUGACCGUCGUGUGCCUAUAUCUGAGUCAGGCCAUGGCAGGACCACACUACAUGGUGGCUAUUCCUGCCAUCCUGGAGUCUGGAGCUCAGGUGAAGUUUUGUGCUAGUCUCAUGAAGCCCAACGAGUCCCUCACGAUGACAGUGACGCUCAGGUCCCCAGAUCUCAACACCACCCUCUUCCAGAAAGAAUCUGAUGAAGAUUUCCACAACUGCCACCACUUUCUGGCUCCUCUGGUGACUCAUGAGCAGGUGCAGGACUUCCAGGUGGAGGUUCGAGGGAAAACGUUUUACUCACGAGAGGUUCGCAGAGUCCUGAUCAAAAUCAGUCGACCAGUGAGCUUCAUCCAGACAGACAAACCCCUGUACCUCCCAGGACAAACUGUGCACUUCAGGCUGGUGACGCUGGACACAAAGCUCAGACCUACCUGUCGAAAUUAUGACAUCAUCGAACUAGAGGAUCCAAACUCCAACCGCAUUGGGCAGUGGGUGAACUACACUGCUGACAGUAAAAUAUUGCAGCUGUCUUACUCCCUGAAUCCUGAGGCCAAAGAGGGCACCUACCAGAUCACUGUCUCUUCUGGGGAGGACAAAAUCGUCCACCCCUUCAAAGUGGAGCAGUAUGUUUUGCCAAAGUUUGAUGUCAAACUCACGUCCAUGGAGACAGUGAGCAUUGCCCAAGAGGAAAUCACGGUAGAAGCUUGUGCCAAAUACACCUAUGGGCAGCCUGUCCCUGGUAUAUUGAAAAUGGAUGCAUGUAGACCAAUCAACAGAUACCUCUAUGGCUAUCAUGAUAAUCCAGAUGCCCUCCCAGAGGUCACUGCCCCCUGCCACACGGAGAACAAACCGGCUGACAAGAAUGGGUGUGCUACCUUUACUUUCCCUAUGUCCACUUUCACAAAACUGGACCAAAAGGCUGUGCAGGACAAAAUAGAGGUUGUGGUGAAAAUGGAAGAGGAGGGAACAGGCACCACUUACACGCAACACAAAGAAAUUUCUAUUUCAUACGUCAUUGGAAAGUUGUCCUUUUUUGACACACCAAAGGUUUAUGAGAAAGAUACCACUAUACAAGGAAAAGUUAAGGCCGUGAGAUUUGAUGACCAGCCCAUGGCAAACACAGACUUGUACCUGUUUGAGGGCGAGCGCUGGUCGUCACGACACCUACAAAACCUCACAACCGACGGCAAUGGAGUGGCCACUUUCUCCCUCGACACCUCGAUAUACAGGGGAGACAUCCACCUCCACAUCACUACCACUCCCGUGUUGGGGUACCGCGGAUACAGGGUCCCGUUCUAUGAGGCCGGGGACAUUUCGCUGUCCAUGGCCCUGGAGUCGACUCCAGACACCAAAAGUGUGAGCUCCCUCGAGGUGAAGAGAAACUCUGAGACCCUCUCCUGUGACACUGAGGAGGAAAUAACCAUCAACUACAGCGUGGUGAAAGAGGACAAGGGGCCGAUGGACGUCAUAUACCUGGUCCUUGCCAGAGAUGGUAUUGUGAUGCAGGGACGUAAGCGAAUUGUUGUGUCUAAAGACGCAGUGACUGAGGACAGCUUUUCGUUCAAGUUACAAAUCACUGCAGAAUUAGCUCCUGAGUUUACCGUUGUGGCCUACGCCGUCCUGCCUAGCUCCUUCGUCAUCGCCCACAGCGCCGGGUUUCAAACCGAGAAAUGUUUUAGCCACAAGGUGGAGGUUGAGUUUACGCCGUCCCAGGGCGUCCCAGGAGAAGAUGCCUCCCUGCGCGUGACGGGACACUCCAGCUCCCUGUGUGGAAUCAGCGCCAUCGACCAGAGCGUCCUCAUCCAAGAACCGGGAAAAUAUCUAAAACCGGAAAUGAUUUACAACUUGCUGCCUGGAAACAGAUAUGUCCCCUAUCAGGCACGAGACCCCACAGAAUGUCUCCAGGUCAGACCCAAACGAUCCAUCUGGCCCUACCCAGGAAACAAAGACGAUCCCUUCACUGUCUUCCAGAACAUUGGACUGAAGAUGGCUACAAACCUGAUGAUCCGAGUGCCUGACUGCCUCAGCUAUUUGGGACGAGAAUACCAUUUUGGAUCCCACUAUACUAUGGAAUAUGACUUCCAAGUUGUUAGAAUGGAAAACCGAGUCGUGGGGAUGGCUGGUCCCAUGGGGGGAGGUGCUCCUCCUCCUCCUCUUCCAGCGAUAGAGACUGUCCGAACCUUCUUUCCUGAGACCUGGAUCUGGAACCUGGUGGAAAUCGGGCCUUCUGGAAAGGUGGACAUGGCCGUGAAGAUCCCGGACACCAUCACGACCUGGGUGACAGAGGCCUUCUGUCUGUCCCCUCAGGGCUUCGGUCUGGCCCCACGAAAAGAGUUCACCGUGUUCCAGCCAUUCUUCCUGCAGCUCAGCCUGCCUUACUCCAUCAUCAGAGGAGAGAGCUUCCAACUCAAGGCCACUGUCUUCAACUACCUCACCAGCUGCAUGAUGGUUGCUGUAACCCCAGCCCAGUCUGAGGACUACACCCUGACCCCAGUCUCUGGAGUCGACUACACGUUCUGUCUCUGUGGCAACGAGCGCAAGACUGUCAGCUGGACUAUGGACGCCACUGCUCUGGGCUCUAUGAACGUGACAGUUAGAGCCGAGGCUGUGGCUUCUCAAGCGUCAUGUGACAAUGAGAUCGUCCUUGUCCCUGAGAGAGGACGCAUCGAUGUGGUCACCCGGCCCCUCAUUGUGAAGGCUGAAGGAAUUGAGAUGAUGAAGAGCCACAACCUGCUAAUCUGCCCUAAAGAACAGACACUGAUUGAACAGAUUCAAGUUCAACUCCCUGAAAAUGUGAUUGUUGGGUCUGCUCGGGCUGCAGUGUCAGUGCUGGGUGACAUUUUGGGCAGAGCCAUGAAGAACCUGGACGGUCUCCUACAGAUGCCUUAUGGCUGCGGGGAGCAAAAUAUGGCGCUCCUGGCCCCAAACAUUUACAUCAUGGAGUAUCUAAAAAUCACAAACCAGCUCACAUCAGAGCUCCAGGAGAAGGCCACACACUAUCUGACCAGUGGUUACCAGAGGCAGCUGAACUACAAACACAGUAAUGGCGCCUACAGCACUUUUGGAGCUCCAGAAUCAGAAAACACAUGGCUGACUGCUUUUGUCCUGAGAUCCUUUGUGAAAGCCAAACAUUUCAUCUACAUCGACCCAGCAAAUAUCCAGGAUGCAAAGACGUGGCUGGAGUCGAGACAGAUGCCAAACGGCUGCUUUGCACUAGCUGGAAAUUUGUUUAACAACAGAAUGAAGGGAGGAGUUUCUGAUGAAGUCACUCUGACUGCCUACAUCACUGCUGCGUUCUUGGAGAUGGGCGUGCCUGUAGAUGAUCCAGUAGUGGGCCAGGCCCUGACCUGCCUGAAGUCGUCCAUGAGUGAUCUGAGUAACACUUACACCACUGCCUUGAUGGCCUACGUCUUCACUUUGGCUAAAGACGCCACAACCAGGGACCAACUGCUGCAGCACCUCGACUCAGUGGGACACAGAGAUGGUGGAUUCCUCCAGUGGUCGCAGAAGUCUGAUGAAACCUCCGCCUCUCUUUCUGUGGAGAUGAGCUCUUACGUGCUUUUGGCUAAACUCAGUUGGGCCCCCAACAAACAAGACCUGGGCUAUGCCUCCCCAAUUGUCCGCUGGUUGACCAAACAGCAGAACUACUAUGGAGGCUACAGCUCCACUCAGGACACAGUGGUCACUCUGCAGGCUCUGGCUCUUUACUCCGCUCUGGUCUACAGCCCUGAGGGUCAGAGCACAGUCACAGUUCAGUCUCCCAGUGGUCAGCUGACGUUUGAGGUGAACCAAAACAACAAGCUGCUGUAUCAGGAGAAGAUACUCAAAGACAUGACCGGAACAUACACUGUGGAAGUCAAGGGCAACACGUGCGCCGCCAUACAGGUUUCUGUCAAGUACAACGUCCCACCCCCCGACGAGAAGUCGACCUUCAAAGUAGAGGUGAUUCCAGAGGCCGACUGUGACAGCAACAUUCUCAGACCCAGAGUAAACCUUAAGAUCCAGUCCUCUUACAAUGGGGAACAGAAUUCCACUAACAUGGUCAUCCUCGACAUUAAAGUGCUCUCUGGAUUCACUGUAGACUCUGAAUCUCUAAAAGCACUGAAAAAGUCACUAUUGGUAGAGCGAGUUGAGCAGGACAAAGAUCACAUUAUGGUCUAUCUGACUGAGCUUUUGAAGAACAUACCCAUCAAUCACGAGUUACUGCUGAUACAAGAACUCCCAGUGCACAACUUGAAGCCCGCUGUGGUUAGACUCUAUGACUACUACCAGACAAGUGACAAAGAUGAGACUGAGUACAUUUUCCCCUGUGUUUGAGUUUGAAGAAUGAAGAUUUAUCAUCCUUUGAGUGUUUGAACUCUAAAUUAAAAAGUACCUUUGUGAUAAACAUUUAAUGUCCUGGUGUUACUAUAGAAACAAUAUUACACUUGAUGAAAUAUUUUUUUGUGAACAAUAAACUGGUCCUCUGAGGCCACA